GUUGUCAACCUUUGAAGCACGAGACACAACUCUACAAUUGCUGUUGCUUGCUUUAUGGGUUUGAAAACACAUGCGCGCAAUACCAACAACUUAAAUAAGACCAUCGCAAUUUACUGCCGCAUGCUCUAUCCAAAUGGCUCGCCUGAAUGAGCCCGCAGCCCCAGCGGAAACCGUAGACUCUCUGAAGCGAAAGUUUAUGCGCCAGAACCGCGACAUUGCCAGAGCUAAUUCCACACAAUCACUGCGAAUUCGCAACCUUGAGAAUGAGACGUCAAGACUGCUGGCUGAGAACCUUGGGCUCCGGGAGCAGAUAUUACGACUGCAAACCGAGCUGGAAAAUGGAAGAGCACAAAGGAUAGCAGAUCAUACGGGAGUUGUUAAAUCACAACUCGAGGCAAAGCUUCUCGAAAUCAGUGCUUUGAUUACUCGGUUGGGAGAUGAACCUGCGGCCAAGAAGAAACCGCCACGGGCAGGGAAAACUACCGGAGCCAGCCCUAACACGAGCCCUGAUCAGAAGAAUUGGAAGAACAUAUGCCCUUUGAAUGAGGCUGUUGAAGGACGCCUGCCCCCAAUCUUGGAGAACAAGCUAUUUCCUCGGCGAACUCUGGAACGGCAGGAAAUACUGAGUCUUGUUGCUGAUGCCGAGCCCGAUGCCUCUGAUUCUCCAGAAAUUGGCCCUCCACCAGUGUCACAAUUUGUUGACGAGGAUCCUGUCAAGAUAGACCUACCAAAGAGGACACAAAGGGAUGAAAACGAGGAGCUUUCUGGCCUGGACCCUGCCUUAUCGAUAAAUUUGGAACAACGAAGGAAACGUAAGGAUAGCACAGGAUCGUCCGAGUCUAGAAGGGCGAGCAAAGUAGAAGUACCACACGGAGUUCGAGAGGCGGCAGGAUCACUCAAGACUGGAGCGAAACGGAAGCUCAGUGUUCGAGACGACGACGAGCUGACUCUGCCUGUACCACCAAGCUCUCCGGACGGUUUCAAGUACACGAAGGUUGCGAAUGAGGAUAAGGCAAAGAACAAAGUUCUGCCUCAGACCGAAAAACCCGCUGGCAGGAUUACAAGAGAACUUGCUGUUGCUCGUGGAGCUCCUCGAGAAAAGCCCGCCGCAUCGACAGCUACAGUCAGAAAAGUACUAGCACCAAAGAGCGUCAAUGACUCUCCUAAGAAAGGCACUAAGAGUUUGAUCUUGGAGGUCCAACCUGAACCGGAAACGCCGGCAGCACCUGAUAUCUUCUCACCAUCUUCAUCACAACCAUCCACAGUCAGGGAGUCUCGGGACACACCUCCACCCCCAGAUCUUGGGCCAGGAACUGAAGGACAGAGGCCGAGUCGCAGAGCCCGACCAGCUGUUAGCUAUGCAGAGCCCAAUCUUCGGGAUAAGAUGCGGAGACCAACAAAAGACCUGAUCGAUGCUGUAUCAAAGGACGAGAAAGCUCACCGCGGGAGCGGCGUUAAGCUUGAAGAAGAGGCCCCUUCAACCAUGGUGACGAUUAAAGCGGAGCCUGAAGCAGAUGAUGACUGGAAACGCAUGCCCGCUGCAUCAUCAGCUACCGUGGAGAACAGUCCUCUCAGUAGCAAAGCGCCCAUGUCGGACACGUUUCCUAGUAGUAUUACGACUCACAGAAAACGGCGCGAGUCUAUUCUGAGUCAGGCAGAAGCAGACCUUUCCAGAACAUCAUCAGGAAGUGCAAUUGCGGCGCUUCUUGCAGAGAAUAGGCGAGCAAAGGCUGCUGCUAGGGAGAAGGCUAAAGAAAAUGAGGCUGCAAAAGAGAAGAUGAAAGAAGAAGAGGCUACCGUCACGAAGGCAAUGUCGAAGCUCGACAUAUACGAGUUCAGGGGUUCCUCGCCUAAUCCUGAGGAUGCACAACCGAAACCAGCCAAGGAAGAGAAAACAACUUCUCGAGUCUCGAGGAGGCUUUCUUCUGUUCCAAGGGACGGUGCAGCGCAAAGUGAGAGUGAGGCCUCUGACAUAGAGGGGACGAGAAAGGUUGAGGGAUCUACCACUCGUCGAAGACAGUCGACCCUUGGGCUGAGAAAUUCAUCCUCAACAGCAGAAUCCGGCAAGGAGUCGGAGACAGAGAAGAUUUUGAAGAGAGCGAAUAGUACGACUGGCAUAGCGGAUGCGGCAUCGAGGAGCGACAGAAUAUCAGCACGCAGAAGAAGUAUGAUGUUAUGAAUGAUGACAGGAAUAUUUUGAUCGGCGGAGUUUGGGUUGGAUGAGCGAUUCUGUAUAGGUCGAAGCGUUUAGCGUCAUUAAUAGGCUCUCAGGAUUAUGGAAGUGAUAUGAUACCAACAGAGUCUUCUACUCCAUUGUCACGCCGCCACUUGAGCACAGCGACAGGAUCGCCUUGCAUAGCUUUUCCUUCCAAACCGCAUGCCCUUAAUAGUAUUCAGUGGUCAA